UAAGAUGCAAAAGAGGAGUUAACACCAUCCAAGUGAUAUGAUUGGAAGUACCUAAACUGAAUAACAACAAUUUAAUUUAAUAUAUAAGGCCUUAAAUUAAUAAAUAGAUAGAGAAUAUCCAAAACAAUCCCAGCCUCCCAUGUAACCCUUACGCUUAAUUAUACUCCACUGCUUUAAACUGCUACAAAAAUACAAAGAAAAAUUCUGGUUAACUGUUACAGAUGUACAUUCAUAAUAAUACCAAAUUAAAUUCAGAUUCCUCUGGAGUAAAAAUAAAAUUAUGCUGCAAAAUAUUUCAGAAGUGUUCAUAAAGUUUCUCUGCUUCAUUACUCAGUAAGCUUCUUCUGCUUCAUUGGCUUGCAGGUGCAAAAAAAGGACCCUCAUUUCUGUAAUUUUGUGGGCCAAAAAACUUAAUUUUUUUUUUUGUGAUCUUACAAUUUUUAUGUCUUCUUCUGAGUUGUAGUUCUCAACCCCCCUUUCUCUCUCUAAAUCUCUAUCUUUCUCUCUCUAAAUUUUUUGCAUUCAAACCCCACUUUCUUCUUCUUCUUCCUUCAAUCUUCCUUUUUCUCUGUUGAAAAAAAAUCCCAGGAAUCAGAAGUUUCAAUCACCAUCUUAUUUAUUAGCUACUAUAAAAAGUUGGGUAUUUAAUUAAAAAUAUAAUAAAAUUCUGGGUGUUGAGAAAAUCACAUGAUUUGAGUGACUCUUAAGCUUCUUGCCAACCUUCACAGUUUUCAUCUGGGUUCUUGGGCUUUGUAAUUUGAUAGUUUGUGGGGUUUUGUUGGAGUGAUGCACAUUGAAGGUUACAACAAUGGCUACUUUAGUACCUGGGAUUUUGUUAAAGCUUUUACAGCAUAUGAACACAGAUGUUAAAGUUGCUGGUGAACAUAGGUCCUCUCUAUUGCAAGUUGUGAGCAUUGUUCCUGCAUUAGCAGGUGGUGAUUUAUUUCAAAACCAAGGGUUUUAUUUGAAGGUUUCGGAUUCGUCUCAUGCUACUUAUGUUGCACUUCCUGAUGAACAUGAUGAUCUAAUUCUUAGUGAUAAGAUUCAAUUGGGUCAAUACAUUCAUGUUGAUAGGCUUGAGGCUGCCUCCCCAGUCCCUAUUCUUCGAGGUGUGAGGCUGGUUCCCGGGAGGCAUCCUUGUGUUGGUACCCCGGAAGAUAUUGUAGCAACUCAUUCUUUAGGGUUCUUAAAUAAUUCUUCUCCAGGGUCAAAAACUAGUGACAAAUCGAAAUCAGCUGCAAAGUCAUUGUUUGGCAGUAAAGAGAAGGCUCCUCCUUCUAAAUUGAAUAGUUUUGGAAAAGAUGAGCAGGUAGAUAAGAAAGUGUCGAUUGCUCGAUCAAAGUCUAUAUCAUCGAAAACCUCUGUGAGUUCUGUGGAUAGGAAAGAGGCUUUGGGAAGGUUAAAGACUUCGGGUUCACAGUCUAUACCGUCAUCACCUACUAGUUGUUAUUCGCUUCCUACUUCAUUUGAGAAGUUUUCGAGUGGGGUCAAGCACCAGGCAAAGAUCAAGAGUGAUAGAGGGACUCCUAAGUUGGGUUUAAUGGAGAAGGUAUCUGCUAAAUUAGGACUGUCUGAGAAGUCCAGUUCUGCACGUGCAGCGAGUCCAGUGACUAAGAGGCAGCCUUCUGUGUCUACACCGAAGAAACUGGCUCAUGUAAUUGAUAUGGGACCGAAAGCAUUGAGGAGGAGUUGGGAAGGGAGCAUGGAGACAAAGAGUAGAGAUAACUUGAAAAUAAAAACUGGGAAGCCUGAUGCGAGCCCUGCAGCUCGUUGUACUUCUGUGCCUAAGAAAAAUCCAUCAGAUGAGCGGUCAUCAACCAAAGCAGAGAUUAAAGUCCAAAAGUCCUCGAAACUAUCAAAGGUGGAAGCUAAAGAUCAAACAUCUGCGAGAACUUUGACCUCUAAUGGAGCAAUAGAAGAUCUUGAUAGAUCAAGCAAACCGAGAAAUUCUAUUGGAAGGAAAUCAGUGGAUAAUAAUGCUAGCAAUGGGUUUCCAAACAAUUUGGUGAAGGUCUCUGCCGGUAGUAGGAAAUUGAUAGAUGCUAGUGUACUGUGGUCAUCUCUUCCUUCCUCUGUCACGAAGCUCGGAAAGGAAGUUCUGAAGCUUAGAGAUUCAGCACAAAUGGCUGCAAUAGAGGCAAUGCAAGAAGCUUCAGCCGCAGAGAGUAUACUUCGUUGCUUAAGUAAAUACUCCGAUUUAAGCUCAUCUGCCAAGGAAGAUGACCCACAACCAGCAGUGGAGCAAUUCUUGACUCUACACUCAAGCUUAAAGAGUGCCCUUCUCACAGUCAAUUCCCUGUCUAAACAUACACCAAUGGACUCAUCACCAGAUAGUCAAGAAGCCUUGUCUGAAGAAACACAAAAAAUAAUGUCAGAGAGGAGAAAACAGGCGGCCUCUUGGGUUAAUGCUGCCUUAGCCACAGAUCUAUCACCAUUCUCUGUAUAUAGUGAUCGACCAACAUUAACAUCGCUUCCAAUUUCCUCCCAGUCUCAGAAUCCCAAACAAAAUUCAGGAAAUCAAGCCUUUAUAGUUCUUGAAAAUGCAAGCAAGAAUGCAUCACCGAAGCCCAUAUCUAAACCUCGCUUAUCAGUUAGCUCUAAGACAUCUUCUCCUGGGACUCCACGUCGAGCUAGUGACCAGCUGUUAAUUAGCCAAAAGGCUCGUGCCCCGCCACCUCCUCCAGAGUGGGACCGAGGAAAUGGGCUUGAUGAGUACGUGGACUUGGCUGAGAAACUUCAGUCUGAGUCACAGAAUUGGUUCUUGGGGUUUGUGGAGCGUUUUUUGGAUGCUGAUGUGGACUCUUCUGCAUUGUCAGACAAUGGUCAAAUAGCUGGCAUGCUUACUCAGCUGAAGAGUGUCAAUGAUUGGUUGGAUGAGAUAGGUGGAGGCUCAGCCAAGGACGAGGAGCAGGAAGAAGAGGAAGAAGACGUGGCUCGUGUAUCAGGUGAAACAAUUGAUAGGUUGAGAAAGAAGAUAUAUGAGUAUCUUCUAACACAUGUCGAGUCAGCUGCUGCUGCGCUUGGUGGUGGUUCACAAACACUCCCACCUGUUCGAACCACAGAAACUAAAGGAAGAAGAUAACCAUUUUUAUUUUUUCAGAUUUGGUUGGAACAAAGUUCCCAAGUUCAGCUAAGAUGCAGAAAUACUGAUAUAAUUGCUCCCCUAGCCAUCUUUUAUGUGCAGAAAUUUUCCCUUCUUUUUUCUGUAUAGUAAUCACCCCUUCGAAAAUCAAGGUAUACAUGAAGUUUGUGGUCGUCUAUGGUGUUGAAACGGGUAGUUUAGGUCAGGUUUACGGCUUCUAUGGGCUUUAUUUUGUGGAAUUUGUAUGCCCAUUUGUACACUGAAAAUAGUUUCAAGGAGAAAAUUAGAAAGCUUGUUUCUCCAAAUUCAAGCCUCUCCUGUAUUGGUUCUGCUAGUAAUUUGGUAGAUUGUUAGAAUUUCAUUUUAGAUUGCAGAAAGAGUGCAUAUAUUGAAUUGAUUGGAUAUAUAUUAAUUUUAUCAAUGAAUAUUCUCCAAAUUACAUGCA